AUGUUAAUUCUAUCAAUAUCAGUUACUUUCUUUGAAGAAAAGACUUUUUCUCUCCCAUUUUUACGUCCAACUAUUCUUGAUGUAAAAAUGACGGAAAAAUCUUUCAAGAAAAUGAAUCCCACAAUCAAAAAAACUAUUACUACCAAGUUAGUAGAAUCGCCGUCAGUGAUGAACAAAUUGAGCUCACGUGUGGUGCGGAUUUCUGUGAUGGAUUGUGAUGCAACUGAUUCAUCGAGUGAUGAAAAGGAGGGAUUGGAUAUGAAUACGAAUAUUCAGAGAGUGAAAAAGCAUGUGAAUGAGAUUAGAAUGGAGAGGAAAUGUGUUCAGGCAAAGAAAAGUGUUAAUGGGAGGAGUAAUAGUGUGAAGAAAAAAAGGCCGCCACCGUCGCCAGCACCGGUGACAGGAGGUCAGGGAAAUGGGAAGAAAUUCCGGGGAGUUAGGCAGCGGCCGUGGGGGAAAUGGGCGGCAGAGAUACGUGAUCCAGCACGGAAGACUCGUGUUUGGCUGGGGACUUAUGACACGGCAGAGGAAGCGGCAAUGGUUUACGACAGGGCGGCGAUUCAAAUACGCGGUCCAGAUGCUAUGACUAACUUUAUCAAGCCACCGGAGAGGGUGGUGGUGCUGGCGAUGGAGGCUAAUGUGACGUCAGUUUCGGGUUAUGAUUCUUGCAAGGAUGAGUCUUGCGAGAACCUUUGCUCGCCCACCUCGGUUUUAAAUAGUAAUGGUGGCACUGUCCGGUCCGAGUUCAAAAACACUAACGAGGGACAAAAGAUUUCUAAUGAAGUUAGGGAGCCGGUUGGACCGACCACAGUGGUGCAGAAUGAAGUCGAUUGUUUAAUGGACGAUUCUUUGCCAUUGGAUCAAUGUUUCUUGACUGAAUAUUUCGAUUUUCAGUCUCCUUCGCCAUUAAUUUUCGAAGAAAUUAAUGUUGCUAAGACAGAAUUGGAUGAGGAUUCAAAUGAUGUUUCAAUUGAUUUUGAUGAUGAUUUUAUGUCUCUUACAUGGGAUGUGAAUGAUUUCUUUGAAGAUCAAUUUUUUGGUGAAUUAGAGAAUUAA